CUUCUAUAUAUCUGUCACCAUGAACAAAACCCCCAUUUUAUCAUUUCACGCUCGACGCUUCAACCUUCGAUUCCGCCAUGGCGUUUCCUUACAUGGAAGCUGUACUUGGUUUUAUGGUACUCAUGUAUGUUUUUGAAACGUAUUUGGAUUUGCGGCAACAUUCUGCACUGAAACUGCCAACUCUUCCCAAAACUUUAGAAGGAGUAAUCAGCCAAGAGAAGUUUGAAAAAUCUCGAGCUUAUAGUCUUGAUAAAAGCCACUUCAAUUUUGUUCAUGAAUUUGUGACUAUACUGCUGGAUUCUGCCAUUUUAUAUUUUGGGAUAUUGCCUUGGUUCUGGAAGAAAUCAGGAAACUUUCUACUUUUGAGUGGUCUCAGUGCAGAAAAUGAAAUUCUACACACCCUUGCUUUUUUGGCUGGUGUUAUGAUAUGGUCACAGAUCACUGAUUUGCCUUUUUCUCUCUAUUCAACCUUUGUGAUUGAGGCCCGUCAUGGUUUCAACAAACAAACAAUAUGGUUAUUCAUUAGGGACUUGUUCAAGGGAAUUUGCCUUGCUAUUGUACUUGGCCCACCUAUUGUUUCAGCAAUCAUUUUAAUAGUACAGAAAGGAGGUCCUUACUUGGCCAUCUAUCUUUGGGCAUUUAUGUUUGUUCUCUCUCUAGUGAUGAUGACACUCUAUCCAGUUUUGAUAGCCCCACUGUUUAAUAAGUUCACCCCUCUUCCAGAAGGAGAGCUCAGGGCAAAAAUUGAGGCACUCGCUUCCUCCCUCAAGUUUCCUUUAAAGAAAUUGUUUGUUGUAGAUGGAUCUACAAGGUCAAGUCAUAGCAAUGCAUACAUGUAUGGCUUCUUUAAGAACAAGCGAAUUGUCCUUUAUGAUACAUUGAUUCAGCAGUGCAAAGACGAUGAAGAAAUUGUAGCUGUAAUUGCUCAUGAAUUGGGUCAUUGGAAACUUAACCAUACCAUGUACUCAUUUAUUGCUGUGCAGAUCCUUACAUUUUUGCAAUUUGGAGGAUAUACUCUUGUGCGAAACUCGAGCGAUCUGUUUCGAAGUUUUGGGUUUGAUACACAACCAGUACUCAUUGGACUGAUCAUAUUUCAGCAUACUGUAAUACCUCUCCAACACCUAGUAAGCUUUGGUCUUAAUCUUGUGAGUCGUUCUUUUGAAUUUCAGGCUGAUGCUUUCGCCAAGAAGCUUGGUUAUGCCUCUGCUCUUCGUGCUGGUCUUGUGAAACUACAGGAGGAAAAUCUGUCGGCUAUGAAUACAGAUCCUUGGUACUCGGCAUAUCACUAUUCUCAUCCUCCUCUAGUUGAAAGACUGGCUGCACUUGAUGAAUCGGAUAAGAAGGCAGACUGAUACGAGCAACUCGGGUCUAAUAGUUGAAAUCAGCCACUUGGACAUAACUGUUAUUGGUCCUGCUGGAGGUUUACAUUAUAGUUCGUGUAACACUUAUGCCAGAAAAACUCUGUUCCUACUUUCUAGGUGAGAGAAACAGGGAAAAAGGAGAAAAGAAUGGGGGGAAAUGGAACAUGGUCGUGUAUCUUAUUUUUGCAUCAGCCUUUAAUGGUCACAGAAUCUAAGUUGGUGACUUGGUUUUCAAUUCAGAGGUAAUUAGAAUUCGUAUGUGUUGAACAGAGAUGAUUGAUGCUGGUCUUUUUAAGUGUUUCUUUUUCGCGUUA